UAUAUAAUCCAUAUGGGAAAAAACAACUGGCGACUGCCAUUACAUUACCAAAGACAAGACAGAAGAAACGGAGGCAAAAUAGAAAGGAGCAACGGAAACCAAAAACAGGACUGCAGCAACAGUGGGAACAAACUUGUAAUAAAAGUCAACUUCAGUCUAUAUUAGGGACAAAGUCCGAAGGUCUCAAAUUUCAGGCCACUUCUCCUAACACAAGAAAGAGUGAGGAAAGGGUGAAGAGACCACCAAGGCUAUGGCUUUUAAGAUGGUAUGUAAGCAAUUCAUCUCUAUGAUUUUCUCCUUCGGUUUUGAUUGCCGAUUUCUUGCUAGCGGCUACGUGCUUGACAUGGGCAGGCGACGAUGGGAAUGCAGGUGACGGACGUCAAGAGCUCGUUCAGGGACAUGAAAUGGAAGAAGGUCCACAAGUACAUCCUCUUCAAGAUCGAUGAGAAGUCGAGGCUGGUGGUGGUCGACAAGGUUGGCGGGCCGGGAGAGGGGUAUAAUGACCUGGCGGCUUCGCUGCCUGACGAUGACUGCAGAUAUGCUGUGUUUGACUUCGACUUCGCGACGGUAGAGAGCAAGAUCUUCUUCAUCGCAUGGGCUCCUGCUGCAUCGAGAAUUAGAGCGAAAAUGCUGUAUGCGACCUCCAAAGACGGGCUAGAAGGGAUCCGCUAUGAGGUUCAGGCGACUGACCCGACUGAGAUGGGGUUCGAUGUCAUUCAGGACAGAGCCAAAUAGAUUUUUCCUUGGGAAUUUGGGUAAGAAAAUCAAGCUGAUUCGCCAUAGUCAUACCCCCGAAUAACGCUGCAGAAAUAACUCCGAACUCACCUCGCGAUACAUGUAUUUUGAUCCUUCAUCAUUCUAAAUUGUAAUAGCAAUGGAAGUCAUCAAUUUAUGGCAUGUUAGGUAA